AUGACUGAAGAAAUUGAUUGUCAGAUGUUUGAAAAGUGCGUUGGGUGCCAUCUGAGGCCAGUCACUCAAUAUUGUAACUGUGAGUCUCCUUUAUUGUUAUGCUUAUUCUGUGCAAGGAAUCAUUGAAAGAAAAUUAAAGAUCUUGAAAUAAAAAAUCAUAUGUUUGGUAGGGAGGAUCAGGGUUCUCAAGAAAUGCCAAUUUGUCCAUUUGAAGAAAAAAGAAUUUUAGGGUUUAUUAAUAUAACUCAAAUUGCUAUGAAAAAUAUUGAAAGUAUCCAAACCUCUCUCAAACGUAAACAUCAUAAAUGAAGCGAGCAUCUUCCAUACAAUAAUAAUUGUUAUGCAUGUGAAGAAAAAAAUCAUCAUUAUCAGAAACUGAAGGAGUAUGAGUAUUGAAUUAAUGAAACUAAAGAAAUCAUUAAUUUUCAGAUAGAGAAUCAGAUAGGCUGCUACAGUUUGCAUAAAAAAUUGACCAAAAUACUAGACACUCUCAGCCGCAUUAGCUUAAUCAUCGAUUAUGGAAACGAAGAAAAUCAAGCAGAGAAAACAAAUAGCAACCCUACUAAUAAUACUAUAGAAGCUAUUCAUGUAUUUCUUGGUGAUUAUUCUAAUAUUUCUUCAAUUAGCAACUGAUUUGGUGUACUUACUAUGGAAGAUGCUUUAAGUGUUCUAAGGACAUUUUUGAUUAUGAACUACGCCUUUAGUAAUAGUUUUAUAUAUCCAAUUUUGGAGUUUUUGAUGAAAACAUGCGAAAAUAAAAUAAAUGAGCGAAGUCAGAGAGAAAUUAACAGAUAUCAAUGAGAAUUUUUUCGUAAAAUGUACCAGAAGCUGAGGGAAAAGACCGAUCAUAUUACAAAUGAGGUUUUAAAACCAAUGUUAGAAGAGCUAAAAAGUGAUGAAGAUAAAGCUAUAAUUGUUGUUUCAGCUGAGUUAUUAAUCAAAAAUACUCAAUUCGAUGGAUAUUUAGAAGCUUUAACUUUCAAUUUGCAAUAUUGAAAAAUUGAUAACUCUCUUCUCGUUGUCUAUAUUCUGAUGCUCCAAGCAUCUGCUUACAAAAAGAAUAAUAAUUUUCUAAGAGCUGAGGAAUUGCUAAAUCAUGCCUUGCACGAACUUUAUGAAACUACAGGGGGUCAUCAUCCUUUAGCAAGUGAAUGCAUGAUUUGGCUAGCUGAAUCCUAUUUAAAUGAUCCAAAUAAAUUGCAAUAUUCUUUGAAACUAUUUGAAAAAGCUUUAGAUUUACGAAUGAAAACUCCUGACUGAUAUGAGCGAGAACAUAUGAUGCACAUAAUAACCCGAAUACAAGAUCUCAGAAAUUAUUUAUUUCCUAGCUAA